AUGCAGUCGCCACAGCCUGCUCUCGCUUCUCUCAAAAAGAGACCGCGUGAGCAGGAUGUGCCCACACCCGCACCUGGCUGUCGAGCCCGCAGCCGGUUGCCUGUCUCUCAGGACUCAGAAGGCAAAUCCCCAGAAGAAAGAGAAGGCAGAGAGGAAGAGCGAAGCAGCGGAGAGCGAGAAGACACUGAUGAUUCUCUUGCUUUCCCGCCAACUCAGGUUCUUUCCUCCAGAGAAAGCCUUGGCGAGUCGUCUCCAGGGCCAGGCGAUCUCUCUCCGGAGAAGAGUGCGUUCGACCCGACGCACGAUUCCUUUCGUCUCUUCAAAGAUACCAGUGAAAAGAUUGCCUCCGGUGGGUCCGCGGGCCCCUCCGGUGUCCGUCCUCGAUUAUUGGGUGAGGCGCCCCCGAAGGGAGACACAGGAGGCAGGAAGGGAACCGACGGAGACAGAAAAGGAACCGAUGGAGACCGAAACGAUUCGGCACCUGACAAGGAGAACCUUUUCGCUAGAAAAACCGGCCUGGACCAAAUAACUGCCGGCCCGUGCCGGACGCCCAGUCUCGGCAGAGAAGUAUGGAAGACCGGAGGAGACGUGGAGCAGCGCGGCGGUGGUGCAGAGCCUUUGAAAGGGAGGGCUUCUGUGGCAAAUCCUCAGAGAGAAGCGAGCGAGAGAGACCAGACGCGCGAAAGAGAAACGGCGAGAGAAACACAACCAAGGCAGGAGAGAGGCGAAAGUGAGAAAGGUCGGCGGCCAACUCAGGCGCACGACGUGUCUCAUUCGCAAGAGACUUCGGGCCCUCCUUGCCGCUCUCCAGAUGUUCCCGCCCUCGGGGGCCCAACCUCACUUCUCCUUGGGCGUGCACCUGUCGACCUUCCCGCCUCUCAGCCGCCUGCCUCUUGUCUCCCAGAGUCUUCUCACAGAAGCCGGUCUUGCCCCACUCCCUCGCCUGUUUGUUCUUCAGUGUCAGUUCCUUCUUCCUCUCGCUCGGCCGGUCCAUCGAGCUCUCUUCCGUCCUCUCUUCCUUGGUCGUCUGCCGAGUCUUCCUCUCCACCCUCCUCUCUUCCUGCUUCUUCUUUGUCGCCUUCGCCUUCCUACAGCACGCCCGCCUCGGCGUCUGACGCCUCGCCGCCCGCCCUCGACGUGGAGGAAUUUCUGCGGCGGCGCGCGACAGCGCAGGAGACAGGGCGAGUGCUCCUCGUCGCAGCACGGCCCCGCCACCGUGUGGAGGCGCAGCGGCUGAAGCAGGCAAACUCCGGCAAAGACGCUCGAGCAGAAAAGGAGAGGGAAGACGCGGGCCGCGCAAAGGAAGACGCUUCGGUCGGAAACGCAAUCGGUCGAGAGAACGAACCCAGCAGGGAGUGGAAAGAAGGCAAAGAAGCUGGAGAGACGGCAGGACCAGCGACGACAGACUCGGAGAAGGUUGAAGGCUGUCGAGACAGUGGAGAGCAGCGGCGCUGCGAAGCGGACGCGCUCCCGUCGCAGGCCGCAUCCGCUCCACGAUCUUGUCGCCCUUCAACGACCGACAUCGAAGACAUUGCGGAGUGGCUCGAUGGGCCCAAAGGUGGAGAAGCGUGUCCACGGGCGCCUUGGGCGCCAGGCGGGGAGACAGCACGCGACGGCGGGUCGGGUAGUGCGCCAGGCAGCGCAUGUGGAGAGGCGGAAAGAGGCGCUGCUGCGUCCCAGCGGAGCGACGCAACUCGGGACCGAAAGGCGAACGAAGGGGAAGACCUCGCAGAAAAGGAUGAGGCCUGGAAUCCCCUGAAAUCGAAACACCUCCCCUCUGUCACAGACUUCUCCGCGCAACUCUGGUGUGAACGGCAACUCCAGUUCACUCUGCAGACAGGCAUUCGGAGAGAGACGAUCGCCAUGAAAAAAGGCAGCGUACGGCAUCUGGCGUUGGAGCUUCACCAUUAUCAGAUGGAAGAGAUUGUCGUCGAGACAGAGGAAGAGGCAAUGGCCUUUAAACUCCUCAAUUCCAUUCAGCAGCUGCAACAGCUCCAAACGCGAGGCGUCUGUCGAGAGCUCUGGGUCUUUGGUCCCGUUGCGGGUCUGAUGGCCCGUGGCGUCAUCGACGAGUUGCGCAUUGGCGUCGUCGAGUCUUCUUCCUCGGGUUCCGCCUCCUCUCUCUCCGGCGCGGGGAGUUCUUCGCGGGGGCCGCGUCCGGCCUGGCAGUUGAUUCCCCCUGGGGGUGGAUUCGGCGCUCUGCAGAACCCCGUCGACCUGGCGCUUCCGGACUGGGAAAGGCUGCUGGCUUUGGACGAAGAGAAAGGACAGCCGAAACACGAUGAAGAGGGUGAGGAAACUGAAACGAAGGAGAAUCUCCACGGUGGCGACGGGUGGAAGAGAGCGCGCGACGGGGAACGUGGCGGCAGGGCUCGGCCGACCAAGGCCGUCGCGUUCGUUUGUCCGUGGGAAGAAGAGAGACUGCAGGCGCUUUCGGCCCCUCUGGGAGGUGGAGACGAAGCACCGGCUGAUGCGGCAAGACCGAGGCAGCGGGGAGCCUUCUUCACGCUCCUCAGCGACAACAAAACUCGGAGCGUGAAGAAGACCCCGUGCCUCGCCCAGAAACAGACCUCGGCCCUUCAGCUGCAGAUCUACUGGCAUCUGGUGGACCGGCUCCGACGGCAACCGCUUACUCUGGACCUCUUUUUCUCUGCCUUCAAACUCGACCGUCACUCGCGCCUCACACAUCCCGUGCUGCUCGCAUGCGCCGAAGCAGCCGGUGUUCUGAAGACCCCAGAGCCCACGCGCUCUGACAGCUGGAACGACCAAGAGGAAGCCCCCGCGGAGAGGCUGUGGAAUGGCGGGGACACAGGCAGUCAGAACAGAGUCGACGAACAGUUCAGUCCGCCGGAGGUGAAGGGUGGGGAAGGAGAGAACGAAGGGGAGAAGAAACCGGCAGGGCCGUACCUGCUACUCGAGAUGCUUCUCGCAAGUCUGCAAGAAGAAUUCCGGCGACUCCCUCCUCUCUGGAAAGAUGUCCACGUCGUGUACGAGUGCGAAGGGGAAGAAUUCGCCAGAGAGAAGAUCCCGUACCACGCCGCCUCCGUCGAGUUCUCGCUCCGGGACCUCACGAGCUGGUGGCGAGGCCUGCGAUCUGCAGAGGCGGUCCAGGACUCGGAGAAGUGGAAGUGCCGCAGUUGCCCCUUUCUGGCUGACUGUGACGCGACGCCUCUGGGUUGCGCAGAGCGCGAGACGGCGCUGCGGGAGCAAGAAGAAGCCGACGAGGAGAACAAGAGGGCGCUGGAGGAGUUCGACGAGGUUGUAGCCCUCCAACAGGAACAGCAGCGUCUUCAGGAGCGUCUCAGCAAGAAGCGGGAUUGUCACCGGCACUGGGUUCCCGCGCACGUCGUGCCCGGUGGCGAGCCGGGAAAGGCAACGGAGGCCCCGUCCCAGGUGACGCCCUUCAUAGGCGACUCUUUUCUUUCGUCCGCAUUUCGUCCGUCGUCUAGGCUCCGAGAUGCUGCCUUGUCCAAGGAACGGCUAAAGCCCUCGUAUAAAGAGGGUCCCAAACGCAAUCCGUCUAACGCAGUUGAGGUGUCUGUACACCACACGUCUCUUCGUCGCAGCACGAUUGCUCAUUCUCCUCACGCACGUUCCGUCGACGUAACUGAAAAGGCGAGUACGUCCUUGACUUCGAUUAUGUUCAAAAAGAACGCGAGUCGAGCGGAUAUGCCUCGUUUUGUGUCUUCGAAUUCGUCGUCGGCAUCCCGGUGUCCGUCCUCCGACCUCGGCGGUCCCCUGUUCGGCAGGGCUCGGAGUGAUGUGAGCCGAGACGAACAGAAAGACGUGCAAACGAAAGCACACAUUUCGCCGGAACUGUCUGAUUGUGAGGGGGUCGUGACGGCGAAAACAAGCGAAGAGGGCGCAGAGAUUACAGGUGGGGAUGGAGCGGAAAAGGAGGGCCAGCGGGCACGUACAAAGACGAUAACGAAGGUGAUGGAUCGACAAGAUGUGCAAGAGGAAAAUCAGGGAGUGACAAACUUCCCAGUUUGUGGAAAGCAAGGGAGCAAAGAGCAAGGAAGAUCAUCAUGUCCUGUGCAGAGAAAAAGGUCUCAGAAGGGAAAGAAGAACGAAGUAACUAUGCUGGAGGGGCAGACGCAUAUCACGCGUUAUUUCGCGACGAAGAAUACUGGGGAAAGGAAAGAAAAAGAUGCUGACCGAGUCAUUGGUGUAGGCAACAAGUAG